AUGAUGUGUCCAUGCUUGCAGGUCAUCCAGGCAGACACCAUUGAAGCAGCUGCAGAACGAAUUCUCAUUGAGCUCAAUGCUGGCGACACUAAUACUGAGAGAACCAUCAACACCAGAGACAACGUGAUCUACUUCGAUGGCUGGGACGGGCUGGGUGCAUCUGCUGUCCUUAGAGCUGUUUGCCAACGCCUUGCCACAGCUUCAGAAGCCCCAGCAGGCCUGCAGUUUGAUCAGGUCAUCAACAUCGACUGCUCCAAGUGGGUGAACAGGAGAGCUAUGCAGAGAGUGAUAGCAGAGCAGCUGGAGCUUCCUGCUGAGGUUAUCGAUAUAAUAGACAGGCGUGAUGAGGAGGACGACUACCGUGGUCAAGACCAGAGCUCCCGUGAUGUCAUACCACAAGUUGUCAGAGAGAUCUACCAAAGGAUACAGAACCGUAGGUUCCUGGUGAUUUUUUACAAUGGAAGCAAUAAGGACAUUGAUCUAGCCAAUCUUGGCUUCCCUCUGCAAGACUUGGGCUUCCAUCUAUACUCAAGCAACAAGGUCCUGUGGACAUUUCAAGGAAGUUUCCGGCUAAUGCCCAUGACAAAAGUCAGCAGGGCAGCGCAGAGCAUAGGAACCACAGGUGUUUUCCUAUCAGCAGCCUCAAGCCAACAGGAUCAAGAUCCACAUGUGUUCUGGUCUUAUCUUGUGCUGCAAGAGGCUGCAGAACUUGUUGCUGGCAAGGAUGAUAGUUCUGGCAUCAACGUUCAGCCAGAACAGGUUGCUGAGUGCUUCUUGUAUACAUUGAAUCUAUGUGGCAUGGGCCGUCACUUCAUGAUGGACUAUGAUCUGGCAACUCAUGGCUGCAAUUACUGGAUAUGUGAUGGCAUCAUACGUCCACAACAGAGACAAAGACAUGUUGACCACGAUGGAUUGUGGUCAGCUGCUGAAGCUCUGCAGCGUGAGAUGCAAAUGGAUGUGGACUACUACCACCAUGACCACAAAAAUUUGCCCACUCACCUUGUUAAGUUUGCUGAGAUCAUGCCAUGCUGGACUUCUCCAACAUACCGCGUCGUUCAGAUCCUUGAUAGGGCCACUCCUAUCAGAUGCAACUUUGAUCAUUAUGACAAACUUGCUGUCCUCAAACUAUCAUACUGUACAUUCACCUUCUCAUUGCCUCCAUUCUUGUGCUGCCAAAGCCUUAAAUUUCUAUGGCUCGACCACUGUCGGGACAUGGAGAGCAGCACAGAUGGAGACAUGGAGAAGGCGGAUGACAUCCACCAGUGGAUCCAAAGAUUGUGGGUGCUGGAUGUGCGCAACACAUGCUGUAAUCGCAUUUUAUCUGCACGGAUGCUAGAUUUCAUGACUCAGCUAAGGGUGUUAAAUGUGAUUGGAGCCAAGGAUUGGGACAUGCGCCAGUUGCAGGGGCGGCUGCCUAAUAUCCGCAAUCUUCGAGUAACAAAGUCUACAAUUCAAUGUGGUACUUAUAUCUGGGAAGAUGACUUGUUCACAGGGAUGAAAAAGAUGGAGGUUCUUGACCUUUCUGGAAACAAAAUAAUUAGCGGAAAGAGAUGCAUAUCUGCCACGGAACAGAGCUGCAGCCUGGAGACCAUCAUAAUUGACCAGGGAUGUGUUGAAUUAGAGCAGAUCUCCUUGACUGGGUGUUCUAAGCUAAAGAAUGUACUUUUGAGAGGAUUAUUCGAAGAGCUUGUGAACCUUGAUAUCUCAGGAUCAGGUGUGAAAAGGUUGGAUCUCAGUGCAAUGAUAGCAUUGAAACUUGAUGAGGUCAUUCUACUUGACUGCAACAUGCUUUGUGCGAUCCUGUGGCCACCAGAAGGAAGAAGGAAAACAUAUUUUGACACCCUGCGCAUUCAAACCAGAAAGGAGAGUAACACACCUAGUGCAACAUCAGGAUUAAAGUCAUCAGCAUUGUCAGUGAUAUCUGGUAGUCGAGCACCCUCUGAAUAUAAGUGGUAUAUUUCAGUAUAUGAUGCAAGGCUCCUCUGGUCACUUGUACCUUUGAAAGUGUAUUUCGAUGAGCACGUUGUACAUGUCGAGAUUUCCUCUCCUUGUCAUCGAACUGUUGAAGUUGCUGGUAGCAGUGAUCAAGCGCUCAAGAGCAGCAUCGGCCGUGUGGAGCAGGUUCUAAUAGAUCAGAAUCAAGAAGAGAGUCCAGAAGGUAAUAAUGCAUCAAUAUAUGCAGAUAUCGUCAUUGCUGCCAAGAACCACCAGCAACAGGCGAAGGGAGACGGUCGUAGGUCUCUUACAUCCAUCAUGUGGGCAUGGCCUUGCCCACAUGCUCCUAAUCUUGAACCAUCAACCUGCUACAUGGACAUACAAGACUGGCCACUGGGAACCAAGUCACAACUAACUAGUCAACAAACUGCUAAGAUUACUAUACCAGAUGUUAUAUGCAACAGUACUCGCAUCAUGUAUGUGCAUGACAGCUUGUACAUCACUCAUAUGCCUGGCCCAGCACCUUCUCUAGGAGCAGAAUGGAAAAAUCUUUGGUGGUGCCGAGUGGAGCGUUGCCCUGAGAUGGACUGUGUCUUCCCAAGUACAAUGAUAGGUGGUGAAAACUGGACCACGAUAUUUUACAGACUGAGGACACUAUGGGUGUCCCAACUUCCCAAGGCACAGUUCAUAUGGAGCUGGAGGAAACACGAGAUCUAUGGAGUUUCAUUUCAGGAUCUGGAAUUCAUGCAUGUGGACUUCUGCCCCCGGUUGACACAUGUUCUCCCCUUAUCUUUGGCAUUGAUCCAAGGACUUGGCCUAAACUACCUAAGGACCCUAGAGAUUGUGUGGUGCGGAGAUCUGAGGGCAGUUUUCCCUUUGGACACUGACGCCGAGAGCUACCAAGAUCGACGACAUCAGGCGAUUACUGUGAAAUUUCAAUACCUUCAGCGUAUUCACUUGCACGAGUUGCCUAUGCUACAUGGCUUCUGCGGACGUGGAAGGAUGUACACACCAAACCUUGAGAGCAUGGUGAUUAGGGGCUGUUGGAACCUCACACGCAUACCAUCCGUUGGUGGUGGCCACAUUACCAAGAAGGUGAAGUGCGACUGUGAAAAGGAAUGGUGGGACAGGCUGGAGUGGGAUGGGGUGCAGGAAAAUCACCAUCCAUCCCUAUAUGAACCAAGCCACCCAAGAUAUUACAAGAACACCUUGCUCAGGGGCUCCGUUCUCAUAUGA